AUGGACGCUUUGCAGAUUUGCAGGGCGAGCGAGUGCCUUUUUCUCGCCUGCUGUACCACCCCCACCGGGUCUUUUCCUGUCCUCCGACAUUUUGACAGAGCUGGCUAUUCCCUCUUUCUACUCUAUCUUGAGGCUCUACAUGGGUUGGGGGAACUCUUUUCCAUCGACUGCACAUCGGAUAGGAACCAUCUAGACUAUCCCGAGCAGUACACGCUUGUCUACACGUCCGAAAGCAGCGCCCCCAUGACCCGCAUCCGCCGUCCUUUGACUUAUUCGCCAGCGUGGUCCCUAUCGACCACGCAUCAUUACUGCCCGACCUGCUGUCCCCUUGGAACCCCUUACUCAGACGCACCCAUUACUAAGACACCCCACGCUCGACGUCAAAUUCAGACAGUCAAGCAACGUCCCACAACACACCGCGGAACGCACAGCAACCGCGGGAUCUCAGGCGUCACCAACAGAAAAGGAAACGGAAAUGAUGAUAAAACAAGAGAAUCCCACUACCUCUUCGCACCGCAUAAAAGCAAUAUCAUCAAACACCCCAACGUCGAGCCCGACGUUGAUCACAUCUUCGGGUCGGUUAUCUCCCCUCUCCUCCGUCCUCCUCCGCAUCUCGGCCUGACAGGUACCGCGUGCUACCAAAACCCCCAUAUCAGUUUGUGCUAUCGAUUUUGCAACACCGUGCACAGCAGGAGGAGGGAGGGCACGAAAUAG